AUGUCGAAACAAGCCAUCGACCCCUACCACCACAUCGACAUCGUUCUCAACCCUAACGGCACCCUCACUCGGUUGCGCCACCUUCCGAGCACCGCUCCCUCCGACGACCCCACCCUCCCCGUCCUCACCAAAGACCUCACCAUCAACCACCACAACAACACCUGGCUCCGCCUCGGCUUCAUCGUCUCCAGCGCCGCCUCCUCCAUGUUCCACGACUUCUGCCUCGCCGCCUCCGCCGCCCUCCCCGCCGUCAUCGCCUCCGUCGAGUACCGCCUCGCGCCGGAGCACCGCCUCCCCGCCGCCUACAACGACGCCGCCGAGGCGCUCACCUUCAUCAGAAACAGCAGCGACGAGUGGCUCACGAAGCACGCCGACGUCGGGAACUGUUACCUCAUGGGGAACAGCGCCGGGGGGAAUAUCGCCUACUUCGCGGGCCUACGUGCGGCCGAGAGUGCCCUCGAUCUCGCGCCCUUGAAGAUCAGAGGGCUGAUACUGCGGCAACCGUUUUUCGGUGGGACCCAGCGGAGUGGGUCGGAGCUGAGGCUUGAGUACGAUGAUGUUCUUCCGUUGAGUGUUGCGGAUUUGUGUUGGGAGCUGGCGUUGCCGGUUGGCGUUGACACUGAUCACGAGUAUGCGAAUCUGAGGGCUGAGAAUUCGGUUGGGAAAUUGGAGAGGGUGAGGGAGUUGGGGUGGAGGGUGUUGGUGAGUGGGAACCAUGGGGACCCCGUUGUGGAUCGUGGUCACGAGUUGGUGAGGGUGUUGGAGGAGAAUGGUGUGGAGGUUGUGAAUGAUUUUGAUGAAGAAGGGGGUCAUGGAGUAGAGUAUAAAGAUGCCGGCAAAGCAAAGAGACUCAUUGAGGUUGUCAAACGUUUCGUUUCAUCCGUGGCUACCUAGGGUGAUUGAUUAUAUGAAAAUAAUACAUUGUACGUGUGUCUUUCAUUUACAAGUUUCACAACCCUUCUUUAAAAGCAAAGAGCUUUUAAAGUGUUUUAUUUUUAAAAGCACUGUAUAUCCAUGAUUGAACCCUUCUUUGAUGAGCUUAUCAGAAGAGAUGACUAACUUUGCCUUGUAAGGGAUAUUAUCAAAUCUGCAAUUACAUAGUGGUGUUUGGCUUCAAACUUCACUACAAUAGAAAACAUUUUUCUA